GCCUUGACACGCUGACGAGACAACAGUAUAUAAGGUCCCUCUCAGCCAAGGGACUCAUCACAUUUCACCAUGAAGAUCCUGGUUUUCAUUUUGGCAGCAGUGGUGGCUGUGUCAGCACGACCACAGGGCUACAGCCUACCAACGCCCACUGGACCGUCCUUUAAUCCGUCCGUUGGGCCGUCUGUUGGCCCGUCCGUUGGCCCAUCUGCUGACUCGUCAUCAGGUGGAUGUAGUCCCGGGCAAGUGCGACAUGUGGACGGUAGAUGCGUGACACCGAGAGAAAACAGAAGAGUGUUCUUGUAUGAAGUUCCUUCGAACGUUGUGUUCAACGGCGCUGAAGUCAACGUCCCCGAGCCAACAGUGGAGACCAAUAUCGUGCUCAUCCGUACGCCCCAGGGAUUACUGGGACCCGAACCUGUUGUUGUACCUCCUCCAAGACAGCAGCACGUGGUGUACGUGCUCAACAAGCAAUCUGAACACGAUCAGAGGGUGAUCGAAGUGACAGCGCCACCGCCAUCUGAGCCUGAAGUUUACUUCGUGAACUACGCUGAUGGAGAGAACCCAACUCUUCCUAGUGGAGUGGAUCUACAGAGCGCUCUGGGUGCUGCCACUCAAGGCGGCGGUCAAGUGAUCGGGGGAAGUGGUAUAGGUGGUGAUGGUGGUGUCGGCGGCGGUAUUGGCGGUGGUGUUGGUGGUGUCGGCGGCGGUAUUGGCGGUGUUGUUGGUGGUGUCGGCGGCGGUAUUGGCGGUGGUGUUGGUGGCGGUUUUAUCAGUGGUGUCGGCGGAGGCAUUGGCAGUGGUAUCGGUAUCGGUAUUGGCGGUGUUGCUGGUUCAGGUGGAGGAUACACCCCGCCAACCCAGCCCUCACCUCUGUACACUUCACCUUAAAACUUAUUUGGAUGUUACCUAUGCAGCUUUCAUAAGAUUUUGUACACAGGUUAAAACCAUCCAUGUAUUCUAGUGUUUAUUGUAAAAUCUUUUAAUUUAUAAUGGUAAAAUUGUUCAUUAAAUAAAAGUGAGAAUUAAGAAAAUG